GUAAGGGGUGGAGCUGCGUAGGUUGCAGUAUAGAAGCUUCCGGUGGGGGAUACUGUUUUGGCUCCGAUCGCGUAGAGCUGGCGACUUUGGCGCUCUUGGUGCUAGUUCAGCGGCAUCUUGGGGCCCACAUGAGCCAAUGGCAUCGUGCCCGCGGCGGCUGGGGCCCGGGACGCGUGUUUUCUGGACGUUCCAAGGCCAAGAAGAAGGGCGGAAACCAUAUCCCCGAAAGGUGGAAGGACUAUCUCCCAGUUGGACAGAGGAUGCCUGGGACUCGUUUCAUUGCUUUCAAAGUUCCUUUGAAAAAGAGUUUUGAAGAAAGACUUGCUCCAGAAGAACGUUUUUCCCCCUUGGAUCUUUUUAACAAAAUCCAAGAACAGAAUGAAGAACUUGGACUGAUCAUUGAUUUAACGUAUACUCACCGCUAUUAUAAACCAGAGGACUUACCGGAAACUAUUCCUUACUUAAAAAUUUAUACAGUUGGGCAUCAGGUGCCUGAUGAUAACACUAUUUUUAAAUUUAAAUGUGCCGUUAAUGGGUUUUUGAAAGAAAACAAAGAUAAUGACCGACUUAUUGGUGUCCACUGUACCCAUGGUUUAAACAGGACUGGCUACCUCAUCUGCAGAUAUUUGAUUGAUGUAGAAGGCAUGAGGCCAGAUGAUGCAAUUGAAUUAUUCAAUCGAUGCCGAGGACAUUGCAUAGAAAGGCAAAACUACCUCGAAGACCUUCAGAAUGGUCCCAUCAGGGAUCGGGAACCCAGUGUAUCCAGAUCAAGGGGUUGUGACUACUCAACAUAUACAGUGGAAACACUCCACACCACUAAUAAAGCUGUUCACCAAGGACCUGGGAAUAACAGACGUUGGACCCAAGGUUACCCAACACCUUCUUGGCAUUUCCACACCCAGGCCCCAGAUGUGCAGCAGUCAGCAAGAAACUUUUCACAGAAUCAAAGCUUUUACCAGAGACAUCGUAACCCUCCUCCUGGCCCCCCUGGAGAGGACUGUUCACGGAGGAGAUUCUCUUGGAGCGUAAGGCCGGACGCCAAUCAUGUGGUCCAGAACAAAAGGUGGUGUCCUGGCAGUUACUAUGGGUUUUCCUAUCCAGCCUAUUAUGGAUGGACUGAGUGACACCAGCCAACCCUGAAAAUCUAUCUGGAGACCUCAGGACUGAAGACAGCUGGAAUGACUCUAAGAUCGGGUCAAACGAGGUUUAUAAUCUAUUUUUCCUCCCUUAAGUUCAAACUUAAGGAAAAAUUAUAUUAAUACUUGACUCUUUGCUGAUAAAUUUGCAGUAUUUGAAAUACUGGAUGAAUUAAUGUGUUGUUCCAGUCUUAAAAUUUUUUAAAAGAAAAUGUUAUUUUAGAACUGAAAAAAUAAUAAAGAAUAUCCCAUGUACCUAAUUUUUAAAAAUGCUAUCUUUUCUAUGUAUUUCCUUUUGACUGAACUUGUGAUGUGUGCAUACAGAAAUUUUUAGUUAUGUUCUA